AUGAUGGCUGAUCUAUACUCUCUCUAUCCCGAGAGCGUUCUUUCCAUCUCCACAAACGUUCUAUGGUGGCCCAGUCUCUUCAGGAACCCUCGCUUGGCGCACAGGGAGCAGAUACGAGGAAAGUACACGGUCGGCAUGCACUUGCGGCUAAACCCGAUGAACGGGCAGGCUAGGGUAGAAGAUAUGAACUCCUACGUGGAAUGUGGAAGAGACAUCCUUGCGAUGAACGGAAGAGAAUGGAACGAUACGGAUGUCAGAUGGAUCGUUGCAACAGAUCUGCCUGAUAUCAUUCCUGAUCUUCAACAGGCCUUGGGGACACGGCAGCUAGUCUGGUACGACGCACCACAGGACGAUGGUACUGGAGUAUCAGACGUCGCAGAAGAGAGGGAGGAGGAGGAUGCCUUUGCGCUCAAGCGAGCUGUUGAUCACUACCUGCUCUCGAUGAGCAACGAGACCAUCAUUACCUUUGCAAGCACAUACGGGCUUGCUGCUGCUCACUUUCAACCAGAAAAGCGGCAUCACUACAAUUACGGCCGCCAUUAUCAUCAGCCGAACAUGUCUCCUGCCUGUGAGCUCCGAACAUGCUCUCUAUCGCAACCAUGCUUUAACAAGGCGUUCGGCUACUUCGGGUUGUGUGACUCGGAUAUCAUCUACAGCCAUGGGGUGGACUUCCUUGACUCCAUGGAUCAGAUGUACGACUUUUCGUCCAAGCCCCUCCGCCUACCGAGUCAAUGCUCCAAAACGGACAUGUAG